CACUGUUCUCUCUUGAAGUCCCAGGAAAUGAUACCAUUCUCAUGAGACAAUAUUAUAGCCUACAUAUAUUAUCUCUUAAUUUUGAAAAGUUAAUUGUGUUGCUUCUUUAUUUAUAGGCGCAGAUACGGGACCCAGGACUGUUGAGAUAAUCAGGGAGCUCAGUGAUGCCCUGGGAAUCAGCAUUGCUGGAGGAAAAGGCAGUCCCUUGGGAGACAUCCCAAUAUUCAUUGCCAUGAUUCAGGCCAGCGGUGUGGCUGCGCGUACACAGAAGCUGAAGGUUGGAGAUCGGAUUGUCAGCAUUAAUGGGCAGCCUUUGGAUGGGCUGUCGCACGCGGAUGUGGUUGGUCUGCUGAAGAACGCCUACGGGCACGUUAUCCUGCAGGUUGUAGCCGAUACCAAUAUAAGCGCCAUAGCAACUCAACUUGAAAAUAUGUCCACAGGCUACCACCUCAGCUCACCCAGUGCUGAGCAGCAUCCGGAAGACACAGAGUGAGUAUCCUCGAUGCAGGGUGCCUGUUACGUGUGUGGGCAAAGCUCAGGGAGCCCUCUUCCAGAUCCUGGAGUGUGCUCUCUGAGGGAGAGGAGUGGGACAGCACACAUUACCUCUUCUGAUGCCGAGAG